CCUCCUUGUGCAAAGGGUCUUGCCGAGAUUGAGUAGCACGCCAUAGCGCGCCUCCUUGCACCUUUCCUCCCUACCCUUUGCAGUUCCAACCGCCAGUCCAUCACCGACCACAAUGGCUGUCAACGUCAACACCAAGGCCAGCCUCGAGAUCACGAAGGGCGCAACGGCCCUCGAUCCGAUCCCACUCGAUGUCAGCGAAUCCCACUCGGUUCAUGAUGAAGAUGAGAGGCUGCUAGGCCCUUUUCCCACUGAGGAAGAGUGGGCAACCCUUCCCCGUGUGGCUGGUCGCAUCCCGUGGACGGCCUGGACUGUCGCCAGUGUCGAAUUCGUUGAGCGUUUCUCGUACUACGGAACAGCCGCUGUCUUCGUCAAUUUCAUUCAGAAGAAGCUUCCCCCGGGCAGCAAGACCGGUGCUGGUUUCCUCAAGAAGCCCGGAUCCGGUGCGCUUAACAUGGGCCAGCGAGCUUCAACCGGAAUGACGACCUUUAAUCAGUUUUGGUCUUACUUCACACCACUGUUUGGUGCCUGGAUUGCCGACGAGUACUGGGGUCGAUAUAAGACUAUUCAAUGGGCGAACAUCAUCUCGAUCAUCGGCCACAUCAUCUUGAUCUUCUCAGCCAUCCCUCAGGUUAUUGUCAAACCAAAGGUUGCCAUGGGUAUCUUCUCCGUUGGUCUCGUCAUCAUGGGCAUUGGUACCGGUGGUUUCAAGUCCAACAUCUCUCCUCUCAUCGCCGAGCAGUACAAGAACCAGAAGGCCUACGUUCGCACCAGGAAGGACGGCAAGAAGGAGAUUGUUGAUCCCGCUACCACCACCGCGCGUAUCUACAUCUACUUCUAUAUGCUUAUCAACGCUGGUUCGAUCACUGGAUCCCUCGCUAUGGUGUACUCUGAGCAUUUUGUUGGCUUCUGGCUGAGCUUCACCCUGCCGACCAUCUGCUACCUUCUCUGUCCUCUCAUCCUCAUGUACUUCAAGAAGACUUACAAGCUGACGCCUCCUACCGGCUCGGUUAUGGGCAAGGCAUGGAAGCUUAUCCGCUAUGCGUUCAAAAGGAGCGACCGCAAGAAUAUCCUUAAGGACCCUCUGUUCUGGGACCGUAUCAAGCCUAGCGAGAUGCGAGCCCGUGGCGAGUCCCUUCCGGCUUUCAUGACUUUCGACGAUGCCUGGGUUGAUGAGGUCCGUCGUGGUGUCCUUGCUUGCAAGGUCUUCCUCUGGUACCCUCUGUACUGGCUCGCCUACAACCAGAUGAUGAACAACCUUGUCUCUCAGGCCGGCACAAUGAACUUGGGCAGUACACCCAAUGACAUUGUUGCUAAGCUGAACCCAAUCUUCAUCGUCAUCGUCAUUCCGAUCAUGGAUCUCAUCAUCUACCCCGCUCUCCGCAAGGCCGGCGUCGUGCUCUCGCCCAUCAAGAAGAUCACCGCUGGAUUCGCUCUUAGCUCUUUGGCUAUGGUAUCAGCUUGCGUUACCCAAUACUAUAUCUACAAGAUGAGCCCUUGCGGCAACCAGAUCAACAAGCUCACCAAGGCUGGCAAGGACUGCAGUGCUGACAUCUCGGUCUGGGUUCAGGUGUUCCCUUACGGCCUCGUCGGUAUGUCUGAGGUGCUUGCCUCCAUUACCAAGCUGGAGUACGCAUACACCAAGGCUCCUGCGAACAUGAAGUCCACCAUCCAGGCUAUCGCUCUGUCUACCUCAGCGGUCUCUGCUGCUCUUGGCCAGGCCCUUGUCGCUCUGUCUGACGACCCUCUUCUCACCUGGAACUACGGAUCCGUCGCUGUCAUUGCUGCCAUCGGUGGCAUUGGCUUCUACUUCACCUUCCGCAAGGCCGAUGCCGAGGAAGACGCUCUGAACAACCUUAAGAAGAGUGAAUACCUUGGUGGUAGGGGCCAAGGUGAUGCUGAGCACGUCGAAGUCCACAGCAUCAGGGACGAAAAGAACGAGAAGUACUAA